UAUGCCUAUGUUAUCUAAUAAUCUGGCAUUUUUCAGGGAGAUUUGAAGCAACAAGAUUUGUCGUUGAUAACGAAUUCAUCAGUUGAUCAAAACUCAGCCUCAAUCUUGUCACUAUGGCAUUGCAUAUUCGCGGUUUCUGCAAACAAAGAUGCGAAGAGAGGGAGCGUGAAGGUGGAGAAUACACAAGCAAUGGUAGACAUUUACAAGCACAUGAAACAUCUGCGUUUGGCCAUCAACAAGCUCGAAAACCCUACUUUGAUCAACAUCCCUGAAAUGGCAAAACCCUUCAAUGCUAUCUUCUCUGGAAUGUCGAAAGAGAAAUGGGUCGAAGAGUUUUGUUCAUUUAUGCGAGAAGUAGUCGCUAUGCAAGAUGAACUCAAGGAUCUCAAAGAACGCGUGCAUUGUAUUGACUUAAGCAAUCCUGAUACUACUUUGUUUAAAGUUGAUCAACCCAAAGAUAUAAUCACAUUACUAACCAUUUGGUACUGGUUAGCUGCCUGGUCUUCCCCCGAUCAACCCGAUAAUCAUAUUGCCAAAGAAGAGUUCAUGGAAGCUAUUGAGGCGCAUGAUCAAGUGUUGGGACUUCUUCUAGUCAACACCGCCCCAAUCAACGUUGCGGAGGAACAAGAGCUCAAAGAUCUCUUCUGCAAACUCCUUCGAAUGCUGAAAUCAGACCAUCUACUUUGGACUGAUGUCUUGAAUCAAUUCACUAAUAAAAUGUAUUCUACAGGGUCGAUGCAGCUGAACUCAUUUAAAAACGCUGAUAACACACCAUCGGUGUGUAUAGGAUUACCGGCGGCCAUAGCGACAGCCGUGGCAGUUGACGUGAUAGUGAAAGUUGGCAAGGCAGCUUACGAGAAUAGGGAUGAAAUAAAAAAUAAAUUGGAAGAUAUUGGUGAAGAUGUGGUAGAGUUUGUAAGCAAUGCUGCAAAUGAAAUCGAAGCAGGGAGUGUAAAGGUGUAUAAUGCCGUGAAAGAUACAGCGGUAGCGAUUGGGGAUGGAUUACAAAGUAUGGCUCAAGACGCAGCGAAGGACCUUGAAAAGUUUGGUGACAAUGUCAAAAAAGAGCUAGAAAAAUUUGGUGAUCAAUUUAUGAACGGACUUGGAAAAUUUAAGUUUUGGUAAUGGUAACAUAAUAAUUCAUUGUUUUGGAAAAAAUGUGCGAAAGCUUAACAAAAAAAAAAAAAAAAAAAAAGAUAGAUUGCUAGGCAUUAAGGUGGGUUUUUUUGUCACUUUUUCCUAUCAUGACCAAGAAAGUGACCUCGAAAUAAGGCAGCUAAAUAUAUUAUAAUCAUAAUUUUUUUAAUGAAAGUCUCUAAAUGUUGUUGGUACUUAUGAUCUGAGUAUUAUGGCUAC